AUACAGAGAGAGCUCCUAUAUGAGAUGUACGGAGUAAACAAAUGUAACAUUGUCGAAGCGAGAAAUGAAUUAUAGCAGAGUUGCCUAUGGUCAGCUUGUGAAGCUUAUUUCUCUACUGUGGUUUCUGGAUUUUGAGAUCACAUUGGUUAUAUUUUGAUUGUGUUUUUUUAUUUUGAGGAAGUUUUUCCCUAUUCUUUGUGAGUGGUUAGAAUGCACCAACAGAUGAAGUGAUCUGAGGAUGUUUGGACCAGUUUGGACAGUGACGUUAACCUUAAAUAAGUGAAAGUGUCAUAGUACCUGAAUUAGUUAAUUAGUGCAAUUCCUAUCAGAAACAAUGAAUCCUACAGCGGGAAUAAGUAUACAAAGUACUGCAGGUGCCGUGCCUGUCAGAAAUGACAAAGGAUGAAGAUGAUGACUUGUACAAAAGAGAUUUUUCUGCUGCUACCCUGGAAGAUCACUUUGACAAAACUAUUCUUCCAAAAGUGAUGCAAGUGAAAAAUUUUGGUCGCAGUGGUCGAACAAAAUAUACACAUCUGGUUGAUCAGGAUACCACACAAUUUGACUCUCCAUGGGUGUCAGAAACAGCACAAAACCUGAAGUUUCAUAACACACUUGCUGCUGGCAUGAAGCAAACAUUUGAGAGGCCAUCUGUGUUAAAGAGAAAGCAGCAACAGUGAGAUAUUCCAGAAUGGAGGUGAAUAAUGAAAGCCAAAAAUGUGUGUGAAGCAUCGUGAUUGAUCUAGGUAGACCAUUACAAAGUGUUGCUUUGUUUUUCAGAGUGUGAUUGAUCAAGAAAUCAUUUUUUCAUAUGACGCAAGAAAUUCUGAGCUUUUAAUUUGAGGGCUUCAAAAUAAUGUUUUGUAUAAAGUUAAUAUAAUCUUAAUUUUUAAGAUUGUAGAAAAUUGAGGUUAAAGAAUAAUAAAAGUAUGUACCAAUUCAAUUUUCCUGUUCAAAAAAAUGUAAAUAUUCACAAUAUAUGUCAAGUAAAAGUUGGGAAUUUCUUUUUUUAUUUUUUUACCCAUUUAGUGCGAGAAACACAGGGCCAAUUUCUGGGAGUUUAAACAAAAUUUAAACAAUUAAUUUAUGUCCCUUUGUGAGGACAUCAUAAAAGUUGUAUAUGUUCCUGUUUCUUAUUUUAAAUUACAUUUAUUAUUAACAUUACAAUUGGACCUAAUCAGAUGGCAGUUCCAUUGUCAGAUGGAGAAGAUUAUCAUCAAAUUGUAGUAGUGUUACCCAACAAUAAAAUUUAAGGAGAUAUGUUUUAGGCUGUAAGUGUUAAUUUAGUAAAAUAUCUCUUUUACGCUUUUCAAGGGAUCAAGAAAAAAAUGUUUAAAUCAGGCAAAAAUGUAAAUGAAGGGAAGUUACUUUUGCUUAUAUAUUUAAAUACAGAUCAAAAAUACUCUACUGAUAGCAAUAAUAUUAAUUGUUAAUGAGAAAUGAUUGGCCCUCUUAGGCUUUGCAAUUCACAAUACACUAAUUUUACUGUUCUCUAUUUUUUCUGAAAUACAAAGUCUCAUUUCAAAUUAUUUUAUGAUCAAAUGAAUGCAAAAACUGUUUUGAACUAGACCAAAAGUGAACAUAUUACUUUGUUUGAUGGCAAAAUAACGAAUAGUAGACACCUGAAGAUGCAAACAAUUAGUUCGUGAAUAACAUCUCAUACUGCUGGUACAUGGAUUAGGAUAGAGAUCCCAAAAUUUAAGAAACCUGGAACAGAAUACACUUCUCACCUGACUACACAAUUAAUUCAUUCAUUAUUGAAUUCAUUUAUAUUUUUUUACUAAUAACAAUAAAAAUCUAUUAAUGAUAAAAUGAUAAGCAAUAAAUGCAAAUACAUACAAAAAGUCUCUCCAAAAAUCUAUAUUGAAUUUGCAUGUAUUGCUUGUAAUUUAUUUCAUUAAUAGAUUUUAUUAUUUGUAUAAUACUUUUGUCAUACAGGGUGAUUCAGUCCUCAUUGCUAAUAUGUCAUAGACAUAAAUCAUUUGUAAUGUACAGACUGAAUUAACCAAAAUUGGGUACUCGUCGUCGUUUAGUUUUGUAAACAAUUAUCGUUAAACUUUGGACUCGUGUAACACGGGCUGUGGCACGUGAGCGAGCGGCUGCACUUCGCGAGAAGGCUCGCCACUUCUCUGGAAAACUCUGAUAUUGAUACUAUCCGCCAAGGUCCGCAAGCGAGCGCGAGACAAAUACCACGCGAGGUCAACGCAUCACAUUCACUUGGCGAACAAUUCAUGCAGCGAGAUUUCGAUCUUUCCAUUUCCAGCGGGUGCCUCAUUUGCGUCAUGAAUUCUCGAUGCAUUUCCUGCGCAAAUGCAAGGAAAACUAGGAAUUUCUGAAACCGUUCUUUGGACAGAUGAAGUGUGUUUUAAAAGAAUUGGAACAAUUAUUAUACAUAAUUUACAUUUGUGGGCUGACAAAUAAAUCACAUGUUGCACUUCGCGUAUCGCACCAAGAGUAAUUCUCUGAUGAAGUUAGCGUUGGUUCUCACUUCUUACUCGGGUGUUUCAGAGGUGUUCAGUAUCUGAAUUUUAUAACUCAUUUACUCUUUACGCUUUUGGAGGACGUACCGUUCAAUGUGCGGGCACAGAAAUAGUACCAGCAUGAAGAUGAACUCCCCCCCCCCUCCUUAACUAUCACGGAGUUCGGGAAUACCUAGAUAUACAAUUUCCAAAUAAAUGGAUCGGAGGAGGACGUCCAAUAGCACUGCUGUCUCGGUCUCCGGAUGUGAAUCUGCUGGACUAUUUUUUUCCUCAGGGUUAAUGGAAGCUCGCGUUUAUGCUACUGAAGUCGUGGAUCUUGAUGGCCUUCCUCGCACUGUAAGCGCGCUGGCAGAAAUGAAGGGACGACCCGGAAGAGGGGAUCGUUUUGAACCCUUGUAGAGCCCGUCACAAGAGGUGAAAAUGCAAAAUUAUGAUUGUAUACGCAAAUAAAACGUUAUACUACAUAACUCUGGUUUUUCUCUCUCCUUUCAUAUUCAUUAGAUACUAUUUAAUAAUAGCAUUAGGGAAUAAUAUUUACUACAAUAUUCGGACUACCUUUAUGCAAAAAAUGCCCUAUGACAAUUUUUUUUAAAAAUUGAAUGGAGUUCAUAAUAUUUUCUUUUGCAUACAUGAACUUAAUGUACAUGAACAACUUAGGGCCGUGUAUGUGCAACGAGGACUGAAUCACCCUGCAUUUACAGAAUCCGUAUUCCUGAAGAUGUAAACAAUUAGUUCGUGAAACAUACUUACAAUAUAAAACAAGCUUUUUCGAUAAUUAAAAUUGCAUGAAAUGUAAUUGACUGGUUACGUAUUAAAUAAUUAUACUGUUUGCUUUAAACGUUAAAUGCUGAUGUGAAAUUUUAGAAAUAAAAUAAUUUAAUUUGUCGUGUCCAAAUACAAGUGCUUGUUGCAAAGUGCUGGAGUGUGAUUACUGUAUUUUCGAAAUCAAGUUCUUUUUUAUUUUGUAUGAAUUCUAUUAUUGUCUAUUACAUAACUAAUACCAAAUCUUACGUUCCUAAUGGGAAAAAAAACCCAUGUGCAUGGGAGUUGUAUUACCCUGACACAGACACUAAAAUAUAUACGUAUUGUUUGAAUGUAGACUUUUAUUAAUAUUAGAUUUAAUUAAUUUACAUUAAUUGCUUAUGCUUCAUUGUAUAUUAGUGUUCUGAAUUUUGGAAAUGAUAUUUCCGUCAUUCGAU